UGGUUGCCCGCUUUAGGAAAACUUAGUUUUUGUCACAAUAGUUGACGUUGUCGUGCCGAAAAUGGCGGAGGAUUCUAACCUUCCCACUUCUGAAAAUUUGAAUACAAAAAAUGGAAAUUUUAUUUGUGGAGUCGUCGAAGGUUUCUACGGCCGGCCCUGGACGACCGAGCAGCGCAAGGACCUGUUCCAAAAGAUGAAAAAAUGGGGCAUGGACUCGUACGUCUAUGCCCCGAAGGACGACUACAAGCACAGGGCGUAUUGGCGCGAGCUGUACACUGUGGAGGAGGCCGAGCACCUCACAGGCUUGAUCCAGGCCGCCAAGGACCAGAACAUCACCUUUUAUUACGCUUUAUCGCCGGGUCUUGACAUCACCUACAGCAGUGCUAAGGAAAUAACGGCUUUGAAGCGGAAGCUGGAGCAAGUUUCGCAGUUCGGGUGCUCGGCCUUCGCCUUGUUGUUUGACGAUAUUGAGCCUGAGAUGUCCGAGGCCGACAAGGAGGUCUUCCAGUCGUUUGCCCAAGCUCAGGUUUCUAUAACCAACGACAUCUACCAACAUCUGGGACAACCUAAAUUUUUGGUCUGUCCCACGCAGUACUGCUCCACUAGGGCCGUGCCAAAUGUCACCAACUCGGAGUAUUUGAACACUUUGGGGUCCAAGUUGGCGCAGGAAAUUGACAUUAUGUGGACAGGCCAAAAGGUCAUCUCGCGCAUUUUGACCAAAGAAAACAUCCAGGAGAUCACAGACGCAUUACGCCGCCCCCCAGUCAUCUGGGACAACCUCCACGCCAACGACUACGACCAGAAGCGCGUCUUUUUGGGGCCUUAUUCGGGCCGCUCCCCGGAUCUAAUCCCAAAAUUGCGCGGUGUCCUAACCAACCCCAACUGCGAAUACGGAGCGAAUUUCGUCGCGAUCCACACUCUGGCCCAAUGGUCGCGUUGUAACGUCGACGGCCAGAGAGAUCUCACAUUAAAUGACACGGUUUCCGCCGAUAUUAAACUAGAGACUGAAACUGAGGACGGUCUCGGUGAAGACGUCCCCGCCUCCCUUUCCCCCAACAUGUACCACCCCCGGCAAGCCCUCCGGAACGCGAUCAACGAGUGGUUGCCCGAAUUUGCCAAACAUAAGACGGCCUGGGGGCCGAUUGUCAAGCCCCAGCCGGCGGUGGCCGUCAUCCCCGUGCCCAUCAUCCCCUCGAUCAACACCUGCAUGACCCUGACCUCCACGACGACCACCACCACCACGGGCAGCAACUCGCAGCCGGUGGUCAACCAAAACCAGCUACAAGCGCUAGCCGAAGUGUGCAGUAGCGUCACCGUCAGCGACAGUAUGGUGAAUCCCGUUCCCGGUCCCGUCAUGAAUUCCCUCGUUUCCGAUACGAAAGUAGUUUGCAACGACUCAAUCCCUAAUCCCAUCGCCCCCGUCCCGAUCCCAAUUCCCGUCUCCGAUCCCGAAACGAAAAGCAUCACAGUGUUGAGCGGAACUCUAAUCAAGCCCGACAAAGACAAGUUGAAGGUCGUAAACGGCGACAAAGCGACUGAAACCCCCGAAGAGAAGGAAGUCGGUAAAGAAGAAACCUGUAUGAAUACGGACACGAGCACGGAUUUGAGCAACGAAUCGAGCUUAAGUCCGAGCGAGCCGAUGGAUUGCAACAGCACUCCGAACAUAUCACCGGCACAUGUCGCCAAACCACCGGAAGACGUCGCUAUGAGCGAAAAUUCGACGUCCAGUGGUAGCAUGCAAGUGGAGACAAAUGACGGCGCGAACCAGAUGGUGGUCGAGCCGGAGGCCGAACGGAAAGACAACGAUUUGACGUUCGAGGAUUUAUCUCUUUUGUGCGAUUUGUUCUACUUGCCGUUCGAGCACGGCGGGCAAGGCUUGCAAUUGUUGCAAGAAUUCAAUUGGUUGAAAUCGAACGCCCACGUCGUGAUGGCCGCCAAUCAGAAGAAAGACUCGUCCAAGUCCGAGGUGCAAGAGUGGUUCGCACGUGCCGAAAAAAUGAACGAAAUGACGCAAGCCGUAAAUCGAUUAUUUCAACACCUGUCCAGUUGCAAUAAUCGCGAGAUUUUGUACGACUUGUAUUCGUACGUGUGGGAUAUCAGGGGUGUAAUUUCUUUGCUCAAUUCUUAUGUCAAGUGGUUGGCUGGCGGCCAGUUUCCUGCUUCUAUGCCCUCAUACACCCAGGGGACCUAUACAUGGUUUUCCAAAGGCUGGAAGGAGACUUUUAUGAGCGGCGAUCAGGAGCCGUGGGUUUUCCGUGGAGGCUUGACUGCUGAUCUCCAGCGCUUGAUUCCGGUGGAUUCGGGCAACGACCUCUUCGUGUACAAAGUACCUGACGUUCCGACUUGUCGCGUCUUCACCGUGCGACCUUAUUUGCCGACCGAUGAGCAAAUGGUCUACAGUGUGUGCACGAGGACUUGCAAGGAUGGCCUGGAGGACCCCCAACCCUACCCGGAGGAAUUAAAAGGGCUGCAAGGCGACCGCAUUGUGGGCCCCUAUCUCACGCUUCACCCGGAGUUCUGCUUCGUCGUCGAAGACGACGCCGGAAUCGUUGGCUUCGCGUGCGCCUCCCCGGAUUAUAAGAAGUUCCGGGUCAAGAUGGAGCUCGCCUGGAUACCGGAAAUGUGCGACAAGUACCCCUUGUCACUUAUCAACAAAGAUUUAUCAAAAUUCGCACAGGAGAGCAUAUCGUAUUUCCACGGCUUCAAGGACGAGAUCUACGUCUCAAGCCCGACGCAUCCUUCCAGUAUGAUUUGUAGUAUUCUUCCGUCGGUUCUGGACCAAUCAGUGAGCAAGCGACUAGUCACGUGUCUCUUGGCGGCAUUGCGGGCCAAUGGUUCGUUCGGUGUUCACGUGGUUAUGAACGCCAGUGACAGCUACACGCACGCAUUUUACGGCAAAUUGGGCUUCGUCGAGAACACGCACGAGGCGAUCAAAGGCAAAAUCGUGAUGGGACGUACCUUCUAAAUGCACAAAUUGUAUAAAUAACACUUGACUGAUUUGUUACAAUUUUGAUAGAUCUUCAAAUUAACUUUGUGAUUUUGUACUAUAAUUACUCUUAUUAUUUUACAUCUAAAUAUUGUAAUUACGUAUUUAACUGUAUAUGUAAUAAAAAGCAGAUUAUUGUAACAUUAAAUCGUUCGUUUCUUGCAA